AUGCUGUUCCCAGAGGAAGAUGGACCGCUGCUGAAGGCGUGGAUCGUCAAGCGCAUCGAAAACACAUCCGACGCCGAUUCAGAUGUCCUUGCUGACUAUGUUAUUGCCCUACUCAAGCACGAUGGCGAUCGCGACGCGGUGCGGAAGCUGUGCGAACAGGAGAUUCCCGACUUUCUGAGCGAAGACCCUAAAACCUUCCUCGACGACGUCUUCCAGGCCAUCACAUACAAAUCAUAUCUCCCAGGCGCUCCCCCAGCCCCCAAGCUCGGCUCCGAACCGCAGCCUCAGCCUGCUCCUUCAUCCGAGAGCGCAGCGCCCAACGGUUCGAGAAAGAGAGGCUUCCACGAUCGCGACGACCCGGACGGACAGGAUGGUCCACAGCACGGCGGACGCGCAACGAAGCAAUCCCGUCGAGCCGGUCGCGAAAGACGAGACGACGCGAGGGGCGGACGAUAUAUGCGCGGUCUUCCUCAGCAGUCGGACAUGGCCUUUGACCCCAAGGCUAUGGAGGCCUUUCUGCAGAUGAGCUCCAUGGGCAUGCCCCCUUACCCAGGGAUGCCAGGUAUGCCUCCACAAAACUUUGGCGGCGGUAGGAAUCAGCCGCGGCGGAGGGGACGGUGCAGGGACUUUGAUACCAAGGGAUUCUGCUCCCGUGGGAGCACAUGCCCGUAUGAUCAUGGUAACGAGUCAAUAUUCGUGCCCCCGAUGGGACCUGGAGGUGAUGAGCGCGGCGAUCCCAACGAAUACCCCUUUUCCGUAAUGUCGAACCCCUCAAAUCCCAUGAACCCCUUCAACUUCACACCAGAGACGGGCCGCGGCGGUAACAACAGAGGUCGUCGGAAUCGAGGUCAGAAAAAGGGCGGUGCGCGGGCACCCUUCUCGGCUGAUGGGCCAGUCUACGAUCGUUCCAAGAGCACCAUCGUGGUCGAGAGCAUCCCCGAGGAGAACUUCACCGAGGACCAGGUGCGAGGUUUCUUCUCGCAGUUCGGCACCAUCACGGAGGUCUCGAUGCAACCGUACAAGCGCCUCGCCAUUGUAAAGUAUGACAAGUGGGGGGCUGCCAACGCCGCGUAUCAGUCGCCAAAGGUGAUAUUCGACAACCGCUUUGUAAAGGUGUUUUGGUACAGGGACAAGGCCGACGCUCUGCCGCCGACUGUUCCUCUACAGGCGGGUAACUGGUCCGGCGAUCCCCAGGCCACAGGGGAGGAUGAGGAGGCCGAGCCUGAAUUGGACAUGGAGGAGUUUCAGCGGAGGCAGGAGGAGGCGCAGAAGCAGCACCAUGAGCGCGAGUCUAAACGUGCCGAUCUGGAGAAGCAGCGUCUGGAGCUCGAGACUAAGCAGCAAGAACUCCUUGCUCGGCACCGCGAGGAGAAUGCCAAGCUCCAGGCCAAGCUAGCCGGCCAGAAGGGCGAGGACGGCGAAGUCCCUUCAUCAGGCGCACAAGCCCUGCGUGCCCAGCUGGCGGUCCUCGAGCAAGAGGCCAAGAUGCUCGGCCUCGACCCCAACGCCGAGGACGAGGGCUCUGUCACCAGUGCGCCAUGGCAUCCCGGUGGUGGGUACCGUGGCCGCGGGGGAUAUCGCGGAAGAGGAGGCUACACGCCGAGAGGAAGGGGAAGCUUCAGGGGCCGAGGGGGCAGCGGCAACAUGCACGCGGCGUAUGCGCAGUACUCGAUCGACAACCGGCCCAAGAAGCUCGCCGUGGCAGGCGUCGACUUUACGGCGCCGGACAAGGACGAGGUGCUGCGCCAUUUCCUCCUCAACUUGGGCGAAUUCGAGUCGGUUAAUACGGGCCCUACCGUCACUCACGUCUCCUUCCAGGACCGCAAGACGGCAGAAAAGUUCUACUACAGCCUUCAAGGCAAGGAACUCCCUGGCAUCGAUGGUCGACUUGAGCUCUCAUGGGUGAGCACGCCGCUACCGCCUGUCAACACGGCCAAGACUGUUGGUAACGGUGAGGCCAGCGGUGCUCAUACCAGCACCGAGGACAAGGAGCACGACGCCAUGGCUGGCUUUGACGAUCAUCCCCGUAGAGAAAGGAGCGCGGAGCUGCCGGACGAAGACCGGCCGGUUAAUAUGGACUACGAGGUGGCGGAUGAGGAUGGGUGGUGA